AUGGCGGGUCGUUAUACGACUCCGCCGGCGCAUACAUCUCGUGCUGAUGGCCAGCCCACUGUGAUCCACCCUUACGGGAUGUCACCCAUCAGCCCAACUCCCAAGCACGUAACUUUUGAGCUCCUCUUUCCCGAAUCGCCAGCCUACAAGGCUCGUUUGCCGAUGCGAGUGCAGAUAUUUCCUCAUGAUACGACUGACUCUAUCAUCACAACGGUGAAAAAUUUCUAUGGUCUCUACGAGGGACCCAAUGGAAUCCAGGGCGUUAGCUUUGAGGACGAACAAGGGAACACAUUGAUUGCAAGAUAUGAAAACCUGAGAGACCGGAUGAUCGUCUACGUGCGCGUGAUUCCGGACUAUACUACAGUCUUCAAUCAGGGUUUGGAGCAACUCAAUGCAGCGGCAGGUCUUCGCAAAGGCUCUUCACUCGAUGAUCCACACGCUGCUGUCCCUUCUUUCGCUCAGCCGUACGGCAAUGGGCAGCCCCACUCACGACCAUCUUCCAGACUUGCUCGGAAGCGGAGCGUUUCGCCCCAGUCUGGCCGUGGUCGCCGCUCACAAUCCGCCACCACCAUGAAGAAGCCUCGCUCUCGGUCGGGUGCUAUGAGUCGUCAGUCGAGCUCUCAUGGCUUCCCACCAGAUCACGGAAGCGAUGGUCUGACUGGUUAUAGCAGUGGUGAUGGAGCGCCUGGAUCGGCAACGGGGUCUCGCAAGAGUAGAAAUGAGCAGGUCGCCAGUGCGGACAUUAGCUUAGACAAUAUCGUGGAAGGCGGUCGCAGAAAGAGGGCCAAGUUUGAAAGUUCGGAGCUCCCUCUUUUCGUCCCACCACAAGUGCCCGCUCCGACGUCUAUCUCAUCAGUCUCCCCUCAGCGCGGCCUCCACGCACAGACUGUAGUCCCGCCGGAGGCUUAUGCCAUGCAAUCCACGAUUUCUUACAAUCCGAUGCAUUCUCAGAAUUAUACUGCUUCUUACGCAUACACAGAUGGUGUGGCACCGUCUUACUCAACACCUCCUGGCGUGCAACACGGCCAUCGUCUUCGCACUCGAGGGGCUGCUACCUAUCCUCCCACUCGUCAAGCAUUUGGUGCUGCGUCUUCUGUCAAUUUGCCUGGGAUUCUUCCCACUCCUGAUCCCACGGUAGCGAGCUGCAUUUCCGACGAGGAUGUCGCACUUCAGUUGAUGCGUCUUGGUGAUACGUCAAAUAUCUCCAAUGGUACGCGCAACUCGACUUCUACCCUGGACGAUGAACUUAGUGGUGCUGCCGAUGUCGCAUCUUCCAGUGGCGCUACUAGUGAGCAUGAGGAGGAUGCGGACCAACCGUCUCUCCCUGCACAUCCUGUGCCCAAACUUGAGUCGAGCCCCAUUCCCCGGCCCGGCACAAUCAAGAAGCGCCCGAAGCACCUGGAUGAAAUCCUGCCUAGCUUCGACAGCACUGAUAUCAGCGGCGAUGAAGGCGCCCGUGCUGAUGACGAGGUCGACGAGGACUAUGAAUACGAAGAACGCAAGGAUGCCUCUUUCCUACCAAAUUCGAAUGACGUCAUCCAAGAAAAUGCAGUCGAUGGGCCUACCGCUGCUAUCGUUAAGAUCAAGGUUAACAAGUCAAAGACAACUACAAAUGGGUCCUCACAAGCUCGCAGUGGGACUUCUUUAAAGUCGACCAAAGCAGGAAAGUCGCAGGCUGGCGCCACCAACAAGACCAAAGCGAAAUCUGCUCCAUCCAACAAGGUUCCAAUUUCUCCCACUUCUCUUUCCUCGCAUUCGCGCAAACCCUCGACCGCUUCCACACUCAAUUUCCAGCAUCAGCUUGGCGAGGAUGAGGAAGAUUUGUCAACAAAACCUCGUUGCCAACGUUGCCGGAAGAGCAAAAAGGGAUGCGAUCGUCAGCGCCCAUGCCAACGAUGCAAGGAUGCUGGCAUUGGGAUUGAGGGUUGUAUUAGUGAAGAUGAGGGGAACGGUCGCAAAGGUCGAUAUGGUCGGCACAUGGGGGUACCUGUCAAGAAAGAGACAGUUCCUAUAGUGCCGAAUCCUGAACUGCAGGCAGCUAGUGCCAUCCUUGGCGGGAUCGCGGCGGGAGAUGCCAACGCUGACAAGAGCAAGAAGCGUAAGAGAUAA